UUGUUUUCUUUUUUGCUCUAGAAAUCAACUGAUGAGCCCUCCGAGAAGGAUGCUCUGCAGCCAGGCAGGAACCUGGUGGCGGCCGGCUAUGCCCUCUAUGGCAGUGCCACCAUGCUGGUGCUUGCCAUGGAGUGUGGUGUCCACUGCUUCAUGCUGGACCCGGCCAUCGGAGAGUUCAUUCUGGUGGACAAGGAUGUGAAGAUCAAAAAGAAGGGUAACAUCUACAGCCUUAACGAAGGCUACGCCAAGGACUUUGACCCUGCCGUCACUGAGUGCGUCCAGAGGAAAAAGUUCCCCCCAGAUAACUCGGCUCCCUAUGGCGCCCGGUACGUGGGCUCCAUGGUGGCCGAUGUUCACCGCACUCUGGUCUAUGGCGGGAUCUUUUUGUACCCCGCUAACAAGAAGAGCCCCAGUGGAAAGGUAAGCACCUGCCCUGGGGGGUGAGUGAGAAGUUGUAGACUGCAUUUUCAGCCCGAGCGACUUGAUUUAGGAAGAAAGAAAAGUUAUGGUAGCUGUUAUGCCCUAUAGUAAGUUGCUAAGGAUGUCUGUGGCAUAUUCUUUUCUAGACUAAAGGUAAAGCUGGGUGAUACCAACUAAACAUAAAAAUGGUCUCUUGAGAAUCCUUCCAGUGCUGUGGGGGAAAGAGGAUUAAUGGCCAGGAGGGGGACUAAAAGUCCAUAGAGCUUGCAGCGGGUACGUGGUUGGGCUUGGGCAACAUGAGUUCCAUUCAUAAAGUAAAAUGAAACAGCCCAGUCUCAUGUCCAAGGCAGCAAAUCAAAUAUGUAUUCCAAAUAGGAGUCGUCUUUGGUUGCUUUCAAAAGGCAUAAAAUAGAAAUAACUAAUGAGCUGACAUUUGCCACUUGGAAAAAAUGAUGCCUUUUAGGGAAGGAAGGAAUCUCUGGGAAAACCUAGAGCUUUCAGGUGAGCUGUUGGCACUGACCACACUGGCCAAUGCCCACGGCGCUCCCAGCAAGCCGCGGUGGGCUGUGCUUUCUCUGGCCGGCUAAGGGGUGUCCUACUGUCCCUCCACCAGGGUGGUGGCAUGCUUCCUCCCCAAGUAUUGUGUCUGCUUCAUUUUCCCCAUUGACAGAUUGCCUUCUUUUCGUUUUACAUGUGAGAGAAAAACAGGAACAAUAAUCCCCUUAAGACAGUUAGCAAUCCAUAUAUUUUGGUUAUAGUCAGAUCUCUGUUUGCUGCAUAUGGCAUCCGGUUGGCUGAAGACGUUGUAAUUGACUUAAUACACUGCUUCUG